AUGAAGAGGAAGCCAUUGUUCCUUUCUCUGAUGAUCAGUUUCUUCUUCUUCUUCUUCUCAAAUGUCGGUUCACAAUCACCAGAAUCAGAUUCAUGCAGCUCCGAUCCUCUCACACUCCAAACCCCCCUCCCCUUCAACACAUAUUCUCUCCACUGUGUCUCUAUCUGGGAUUCUCAAAGCUUCAUCCUCAGGUACGGUCAAGCUGAGCCGAACGUGUGGAAUUUCGUGCUCUCGGCACCGAACACAAAUGGUUACAUCGCAAUAGGGUUUUCGCCGGAUGGGAACAUGUUCCGAUCCAGAGCCGUAGUUGGAUGGGUGGCCGGAGACGGAACAACAAACAUGAGAAAGUACUAUUUAGGAGGGCAAUCGCCGAACCAAGUCGUAAUCGAAUCAAUUUAUGAUCUAGGUUUGCGGCUUGGGAAUUUGUCGUCGAUGGUUAUCCAAUCGUGUCGAAUCUACAUGGCUUUUCAGGUGAUCACCGAUACGACUCCCACCCCGCACCUGCUUUACGCCAUCGGACCGGCGGGGCGGCUGCCGUCCGGCCCUAAUCUCCAACUCUCCAAGCACGUAGACAGGGUCUCGACGACCAUCAAUUACGCAACAGGUUUAUUUGAAAUUAAUAAGCAUAAGCUCGGGACGAGUCUUGAGAGGAGCCACGGAUUUUCGAACAUGCUGGGUUGGGCCAUUUUAUUGCCGAUCGGGGCAAUGGUGUUCGAAACGGUGUGCUGA